AACCAAAUCUUUGAAUCGCAUCUGAUAAAGAUGACCAAAUGCGCCAACCUUUUCGCAAAGCCUCUGUAUAUAUUGCACUCCUGCUAAUAUUUGAGGCCUUCACAGGGCUGCUGAUUAUAAUCAUAACUGCUAUUUAUCAGUGGAUUUUAGCCAGUUAUUUGGAUGACAUAGAAUUUGGAUUGUUAUUCAGUUAUCUGUUCAACGUAUACAUCUUUGGAGCUCAACUUGUGGUCACAUUCCUUUGCAGUAUCUCCUUGUGGAAUCGCUUGUGGAAAAGACGUUGUACACCAAACGUUCGAUUGAUGAUUUCUAUUUGGUUAUUUUAUUCCUGCGUCAUUAUAGCGUCAGGAUUUGGCACCUUGUGGAAUCUUUACUAUAACAUUGAUGUAUUGGAAAAUUCGGCGGAAAGUGCGCUUUUUCGCGGCAUUGAUGAGUAUUAUUCGAACCCGGAGUGGAAGCUUCUAUGGGACGGCUUGCAGUUGCGGAAACAUUGCUGUGGUGUCCAUGGUUACAAGGACUGGAUGAAGGCGGAUUGGAUGCCAAGACAGGUGUUAAACUGCUCUGGAAAAGCUGUUUUGGCUCCUAUUGCCUGUUCCAAGAAAAGUCACGAAAAUAGCAUAUCGAAUUAUAUGCUGGGAUCUGAAGACUCAGAAGGCAGGCGGGAACCUUUUCCAUCCUUAACACUAGAUUCCAUUAAUACAAAUGGAUGCCUGCCUGUUUUUACGGACGUUGUAUGGCGUUACUUUUACAUUCUGCUUCUAUUUACACUGUUGGCUUUGAAGUUUUUGAUAUUCCUUUGCUGUUUUAUCAAGUAUAUACUCCAACGACAAAAUGUGGGUGACGGCUGUGAUAAUUCAGGUCUUACGGACGAGGAUGGACGACCCCUUGUAAUGGUCAAAUAUCCACGGAAUGUACGAUGUGUUAUUGUUGGUGAGGAUGAUCUGGCGUCUGAUAUAGCGCCUGAUGUCGCCUAUUGUAAUUGCGACGAUGCUGAAGGCGAGCAUGGCGAUUACUGUGAAGAAUAAAACAAAGUGUCUUAUAUAUUUUAUUAUUAUUGUAAUUCUAAUUUAUUA